UCUGCCAAGCACUGAACUCUAAACCCCCGCAGAUCUGUUCAAUGAGAGCAGAAGAUAACGUAAUAUCUAAACCACAUUUGUGAUCGGUUUAACGGUUCACGACCUCAGCAGGGAAUAGUAUUCCGUAGCAUAAGGAAUUCCGAUGAAUAUUCGGUGCAGUUAACGAUUUGGGGCGUUUGUACAGUCUGUCCGGAGUGAAACCUCGCAGAGGCUGAACCCACUGCAGCUGAUGUUCUCAGGGACCAGAAACACGUGAUGUAUGAAGGUAAACACAUCCAUUUCUCAGAGGUGGAUAAUAAGCCGCUGUGCUCCUACAGCCCAAAACUCUGCAAGCAGCGCAGAUUGAACGGAUAUGCCUUCUGCAUUCGCCAUGUUCUGGAGGACAAAACUGCUCCGUUUAAACAGUGUGAAUAUGUGGCCAAGUACAACAGUCAGCGAUGCACCAACCCCAUCCCCAAAGCAGAAGAGAGAAGAUACUGUAACAGCCACCUACAGGUGCUGGGCUUCAUCCCUAAGAAGGAGCGUAAGAAGAAGCAGGAUGCUCUCGAGGAGGUGCGUGCCCGUGCUCAUGUCGAGUCCGUUGCUCUGAACAUCACCGUUCCCUCUCUGGCUCUUAGAGACUCUAACGGACUAGACGGCCUCCCCCCGUCUCCACCCUGCUCUUGUCUCACCCCCCUGCCCCUCUGCGACUCUGACCUCCUCGACCCCUUUGCCUUCUACGAGGAGGAAACGGAGGGAGAGGAGAGCGUGGCGCAGAAAAGCUCCAGUACGAGGAAGCCGCCUGGUAGGCCAGUGAUCGGCCUGAGGGUGACUGCCCGGGACCCUGAGCACCUUCAGUCAGAUAUCGAGCAUUUUAGCGCCGUCACAGAACCUUGCACGCUUCCAACCUCCCCGCACUUGCCACAACCACCUCCACCACCACCACCUUUACCUCCACCCCAACCCUCAUCGAGGCUUGUCCAGCCCCUCCAACAUGCAGAUUGCACCCCCUACAUCCAACAUGGUGCGGUGCAGACUCUGCUAUGCAAGCCAGCUCCACCUCAGACCGGCCCUUCCGUGUUGUCUGGCCUGCUCCCGUCAGCAGGGGCUCAGAACCAGCCAGUCAUCCGGAGACCUCUCCCUACUGCCUCUCCUCACUCGCCUGCUGCCCAGGACUGCCCUCAGCGCCACUUUGUGGCCAUGCGGCCCGCUGCCUUUACAGCACCCCCCGUCUGCCUGCUCAGACUGCAGCACCUCGUGCAACUUUACACUCAAAGACAGAGAGAGCGUGGAGACCUGUUCCCACAUCUCGGGCUAGACUGGUCUGAAGACAGUACAGAUGAUGAAGAUACAGAGGAGAUUGUUCCUUUAUUGCCUCAAGCCUGGAGAAUACAGGAAGGAAGUCCUUUUUACAGCUCUUCAGAUGAAAAACCAUUGUCCCGACGGGCACGUCUGGCACAGCUGUGUACAUACCUGCAGGAGAGGUAUAGACACCUGUGCAGACAGGACAGGGCAGCCACCCGUCACAGCAGAUACCGAUAUGCCUUCCGAAAAGCUCUGCUCCAUGCUGCAAGCAAAGACCCCGACUGUACUGCACAACUCAUUCAGCGGCUCAGCAAGUGCUCACAGACCUCAGCCUGUUCAAGGUCUGCAGUACCACCAAAGUAUGAAAGGACAAUGUGUACUGGAAUCACCAAGGGUCAAAGCUGCUGCAACGUAGCUUUGCCAUUUUCACGCCACUGUGUUCAACAUAUGCUACUGAAUCGCUCUCAGCAGCUGUUCUCCAGUUGUACUGCACGCUUUGCUGAUGGACAGCAGUGCUCUGUUCCUGUGUUUGACAUAACUCACCAGACACCUCUCUGUGACGAACAUGCCAAGAAAAUGGAUAAUUUCCUACGUGGGGACGGUAAUAGACGCAGUCAGCAGCAGCAACAACGACGCCCACGUAAGAAGACCAAACCGCCCGCACUGACCAAGAAACACAAAAAGAAGAAGAAGAGGCGAGGCCCGCGCAGACCACAGAAGCCCAUUCCCCCUGCUGUGCCACAGGGCAACCUGCCAAUGCCCUCCUCCCUCACACUGCCCGCUCACCAUGCCCACGUCAGGAGUCCGUCUACCCCAGAGCUCAGUGCAGGCGAGCUUCCUGAUGACAUCACAAAUGAAAUGCCUGACAUUCCUAAUGAUCUUGAGCUGAAUCAGGAAGAUUUCUCUGACGUGCUGCCCAGACUACCCGAUGAUCUUCAGGAUUUUGACCUCUUUGAGGGUAAGAACGGAGAGUUGCUUCCCACCACAGAAGAGGCAGAAGAACUGGUCAGAGCCCUGCAGGCAAUGGGCUCAUAUCCCGAAUCCCUGGUGUGUUUGUCUUCAAUGGGUGAACUGACCCCCGCAGAUGGAGUCGACCACCGCACCAUGGCCGUAUUCUCUGGAUCGGGGGUCACAGCGACAGGCAUCGGAGACCUUCUUAAUGGCCGCAUGGCUUCUGAGACCUUUCCCAAUUUAGAACUGGAGGGAAACCUUCUCCACACCCCACUAGACCAUCAUUUCACCACCUCCACUUCCUCUCAACCUACUCAGAGCAGCACCACAGGGCCUACGAGUGGAUUAACAGAACAAAUGCUUUCCCAGGCUCCCAAGUCCGACCCCUCCCCACCAGGUAGUCAUUACAGCAGUGAGCAUGUGUCAUCGCCCUACAGGGACCACAUCUCUCCCCCACAUGGUGCCUCUUAUCAAACCGACCCUCCUCUUUUGCUUGAGGUGCCAUUGAGUGGAGCUCCAGGGCCUCCACGCACCUCCUGGAAUAACCUCCCCUUGUCGCUCACAGACCCGGCACAGUUUGGGAAUCUCCUCAGUGCUGAAAGUCACCUCCUCUCCACCUCUCUCUCUACCCCGCUCUCCAUCUCUCACUCCACGAUCCUGCAGCCGACCGCUGCUCUCUCCGCUCUUCCCCAGUCGGGUCUGACUGGCCUCACGUCAUCCUCAUCCUCGCCCGCUUCUCGAGACCUCCUCACCACAACCCAACCUAAACUACAGCUACCGCAGUUUAGUGCAGCUUUCGGCCACCAACUGGCUUCCCACAGCGGGAUUCCCAAAGACCUGCAGCCCAGCCAUAGCUCGACAGCACCACCUACAGGCUUUACGAUCACUAAUGCCACUGCUGCCACACCCCCCUUCCCUCAGAGCAACUGAGUCUAGAUAGAGAGACCCACCUCACACAUCAUUAUGCUCCAUCACAAACAGCCCUUUGACUAAUAGCAGAGUCCUUCUGGACAUGGUUAACCAUAUUCUCUGUGGCCACCUACACACUGCAGCUAAAUAGGAAACGUUCACACUAGGGGUGUAACGGUUCUCUGUAAAAAAGCGAACCAUGCGGUUCGCCACCCACAGUCCGGUAAGCAUUUGCACUGCGGUUCAUCUCAAGUCUAACGACGCAUCAUGAUCAUAUGGUCUGGUGAAGAAAACAGCAUCAAAUAGACAGGCAUAGUUACAACCUGUAGAUGGAUAUGCUCCGCAUGUGUCUCACAUGCGUCAUCUUUCUACAGAGACUACUGUCCAAUUAACUUUUAGUAUGUUAAAUCAGUUAAUGACAUCACAGUUCUGCACGCGUUAGUGUGUAGUUGAAAAUGGCAAGCGGAGAAGAUAAUUUGCUGAGAGACAAUAUAUACAACUAUAAGUAAUCCUUUCAUAAGGACUUUUUUUCUCAAAAACUGUAAACUGUACACACUCUUUGGUGCUAUGAAAAUUCCACUGUUUGUUUUGAGCGACCCACCCCAGCGACGUUACUCAGUCCCCCCCCAACUGACGCCAUUGAUUAUCUCUUUGUUUGACCAACGGCAGGAGGAGGGCGUAUUCAGAAAGCUGUUUUGAAAACAUUGUUUUGCAAUUCCAUUUGGUGGCUCUAGUGUCGCAGAAAUAACAUACUUCAGCUUUAAGUUAAAAUGUUGAUUUGGUAAUUAGAGAGUAUUAUUUGGUAUUAUUUUAUUGUUAAAUUCCCUAACGAAAAUUAGCCAUGGGUUUAUUAUACUCGCAUUUUAGUAACCACGACUGUAGAAACCAUGGUUUUGAAAAAAUUUAAAUGGUUAAUUUUAUGGUUACUGUGGUUUUAAGUAAAAAAUACCAUGGUGAAACUAUGGUCACUGUAGUAAAAUUGUGGUGAUUUUUCAUAAGGGCAACUGUGUUGAAGUGUUUGUUACCAAAUUGAUUAUUCUUUCUUUAGAUUUGGCAGUUGUAAUUUUUUAUCUGAACAUUUCAAGUACUGAACUGUACUGAAAACAUGACCCUAAAUCCAUGAUACAAACGAACCGUGAGAAAUUUGAACCGUAACACCCCUAGUUCACACAGCAGCAAAAUACAGUUGUCAACCCUGUUUUAGAGUACUAAAUAACAUCAUGUUCACACAGUUAACACAGAGUUUGGUUAUAAACGAGGGUGACAAUCGCAUUCUUUAACUGAACAGACUCCCUUAAAUUUUCAGGACUCAAUUUAUUAGUUAUUUAUGGGAAUGACAACCACAUUCUACAACCAAAUUCAGGUAGUGACAACCAUAUUUUGAUGUAGUUUGUACAGAAACAAACUGGGGUGCGUUUGUUAGAGAUGCAUCGUUGAAGAAAACCAACCAGCUAGUCACAACACUGUAUUAACUAUGUCCCGAACUAUGUUUCCCGAAACCGUAGUAACUAUGUCGCAAAUCAACACAUCCGCCAUUCGAACCAUGUUCAAUAAUGGUUCAACAGUGUUGUUAAUGUUGUAAUAACAUUACACAGGUCAUGGAGUAAUAGGCCUAAUUUCUGCAGAGAUCAAAUGGAUAGCUAAGUUUGCACAAAGAAAAGAUCAUGUUUGUUUUGAUUAAAAACACUUAAAUAAAAGGCGGUGAGGGCGAUUGAUUUAUUGUUGUGCAUCUGUUGCUUAUUUUACUCAAAAGCAUUACGUCCACUCGUAAUACAAGCCAUCUAAGAAAGAAACGUGUCUAAAAUGACAGUUUUCAAAGACUGAACUUCAUGUGCUUUUGGAGGAGGUAGAUGCAAAAAGUAAAAAAAAAAACUCCACAACUAACAAGAAAAUAUGCUUCUAACCAUGUGGAAAGCUGUCAUUUCAACCACACAUCUUUGCGAUGCUGUUUGCGAAUGUUCAUUAGAACUGUGGUCUCGGGAAACAACCAAUUGUUGAACUAUGUUGGUAAUGAUGGAACUUGCAACCGUACUUGGGGAAACGCACCCCCCGACCCACUAGUGAAUGCAUGGCUCUGUUUUCUCAAGACAGACAGCUUGUCUGAGUUGUGGUGCUAGUAAAUCCCAGUGUCUUAAAUCAUUUACAUAUUUUGAUACAGUCUGUCUCUCUCCACUGUGGCUGAUCCCACCAGCUCUAGGGACUAGUAGAACCCAAUACUUUAUGGUCAACAGAUAUCAUGCUGUUUAAAAGCAGCAGCUAAACGUGCAUAUAUGAAAAGCAUAUCACCUGUGUCAAUGGUUUCUGGUUGCUGUGGACCACAACAUCCUAAUAAGUUAAACUGGAAUCAAUAUUUAUUUCCAUAUUUACAGCUGAGACACCCAAACCUUGCUAUGGUAUUACUAUAUAAAGCCUUGUUCAAGUGCGAGUCCUGGUGGUAGAACCAUUUUUACCUCAAAUUUCCCAUUGAAUUUAAUAGACAAUUUACGCAAGAAUGGAUUAAUGAAUGAUUUGCGCACACAUUGGUUCUACUUGUUUCAUGAGUAAGGCUUAGAGAACAGUCAUUUAGGGAAUUCACUCCCUUAUUUCAUUACGAUUGUCACUCCCAAAACCUUGCAGUGUGUACAUGGCCUGUCAACAGCCUCUCUGUUUGUUGUUGAAGUGACCCAAGAGUUGUCCUAGCCUCAUAGUCUGUCAUUACUUACUUCUUAUUUAUAAUUAUUCCUUAAAUGAGAAUAGCAAGUUUUUGGUUCACUUGCUUUUUGUGGAGUCCUUGUGUUAGUAGGUGCAUAUGUGUUUGCUGUAGAGAGAGCAGUGCAAGUCUUUUAAAGGCCUUGGUACCUGGUAUUAACAUUUGUCUCUGGUGAUCCGAUCACAAGUGGUCAGCAGAGAUAGAUUGCCAUUUUGCCUGGUGUCUCAAAUGCUUUUCCUGUUACUACUUGUGAUUGAGUUUCAUGACUACAUACAUUAUUACGUCAGUGUGCCACUGCAGGUUGAUGAAGCACAAAAAGUUGGCACACUGUUGCUUCCAAAUAUAUAAAUGCACUUAAAUAGCACUAAUUUGAGUAACAUUAAAUGUUGCCCAAACUGUAACUGGGAGGUUGACUAAUUGAAAGAACUAGUCCCCAUAGGUUGUGUAUUCAUUGCAAUGGGCAAUGACAAUUAAACCCUCAUCUCUUAAACCCUCAUACACAAUAUUUAUCGUGGCUAUCCACUUUGCUACAGCAAUCGUGAAGCCACAUUUACGUGAUUUUUUGGCACUUUGAAUUCCACAUGAAAAGAAUGUCUGGUUUUGAUUUUAACGCUGGCACUGUCCACCUAAUGAUACUUGUUCCGAAUUGUCCGGUAAGACGGAAGUGUAACGUAAUGCCAGGGAAAUGCUGAUGCUUCAAUCCAGCAUGUCAACCGAUUUCGGCCUAUCACAAGUCCCAUCUGGGUUUGUUUUGUACAAAGAAUUAUGAGGAGCUGCUCUGAGUAUAGUCCACAAGACAGUCAGGGUUCAUUUGGGGUGCUCACAUAAUGUAAUAACACUGGAAAAUGCGACACAAAAACUCACUGUUCAUAGAAUUUCUAGAUUCACUUAAAAUCCCCUUAUUUGGACAGAAAAAUAAUUGGAAUUUGAAAUGCACAAUAAUUGCUGUUAUCUCAAAUAACCGACAGGCCUACUUAGAAUGCUCCUCAAUAUUAACAAAAUUUUUGAUUAUUUGCUUCACCUGAUUUCAGGAACACUGAAAUGUUUCAGUGAAGUCUUGUGCAUGAUGUAUAUGUAUGGGCUUUUCAAACAUGUUGAUCAGAUGGUUAUGUAUAAUUGCGAGAAGGCAGUCUUUCUUUGUUGUCUGGAAUACAUUAGCAAUUACACUGCAAAUACAAUGUGGUCACAUGCAUUUGCUGCCCAAAAACAACUGGACCCCGUCUAAAUACACAUACACCAGUAUUAGCACCAUCCACGUGUUAACGGAUUGUCUGACAGCCAAAUGUUAAUACCAGGUGUAAACACGAUCUAAAUGGCCUGAUACAUGCUAUCAUGGUGGCACUGCAGUUAAACAGUUUUCAGGCAGUUUUAAGACGGUAGCCCCGGAAUAGCCCAACCCUCCACAACUUCACCCAUAAUUCACUCAUUUGUCUCUCAGAGAACAGGGCAGGUCUGAACAUCUCUGAGAUUGAUUUGGACUUGGGUCUCAAGAAAAUCCACUGUACGACUUGUAAUCAGGACAUUUCUAUAGCACUGAACAGUAUGACUCUUUCAUGGGUUUUUGCACAAGCUCAGUGGACCUGACCUGGGCUGUUCACAUCAGAAGGUCAGCUCGGUUAAAUAAAGCAAUAAUCUCAUCAGCAGAGCCUCCCAACCAAGUCUUCAGGUGUGGCUCAGCAGCCUCAACCUGGGGCUACAAAUAGCCAAAUCUCAUUCUUUUAAAACAGUUACAUUUAUGGCUUAACUGUUUGUUAACAGCAAAGUUCUCAACUCAGACCUCGUUAAAACUGUAGAAACACUGACAUGGAACUCAUUCAGCAAAAAGAAAACAACAAUUACAUUUUGAGGUCAAAUUAUCGGCAUAUAUAUAUAUAUAUGGGUUAAAAUGUCUGUUAUUCUUUAUGGUGCUUAACAUGUUUAGCAUAAUGUGGCCUCAGCUGGUUACUAUAAUAUAAGAGUCCUCUGUGGUUUCAGAGUACAGUAGAGCUGGCAUAUGAAGGGAGAGUUGACAUCAACUGAAAUGACCCUGUGUUUGGUGUGGGUACCUUUGGUGCAAUCUUAAGUGGAGAAUGGUUUGUGCAACCUGAUUGUUUUUUUCACCAGACUUCCACACACGUUUCAGGUUUCAACGCAGCCAUUUUUAGCCACCGUCAGUCAGCCUUACGACACAUGGGACCAAUGUUCUCUUCGGAUUAAAUUUGUAUUACAUUUUUUAAGGUAUGAGAGUAAAACCAAGGUUUUUGUUAGAUUUUAGACACUGAAAGAUUAUCUCACAUAUUGUUAAGUAUUACAUAUAUUUAUAGAGUAGAAACCUCUAGAUUGGGUUUUGUUGAGUGGCAAAAGACUAAAUAUGAGAUUUUUAAAAAGAAACUGGUCAUUUACAACCAACUUGGUGGAACUGAAAAUUUUGUGAUAUAAUGUUUGGUAGUUUUAAUAGCUAUCAAAAUUGUCAUGAUUAAUCACUUAUUGAUUGAUGUUGUGUAUCUGUGUCAUUUAUUUGGACAAAGAGUCUGUGAUCAUGUGUGACAGUAUUUUUGAUAGCUAUUAAAAGGUAACAGCUAGUGGAUGCUGAAAGACAGAUCAUAGUUUAAAUGUAAAACAAUCAUGGACCUUAUCAUUUUUACAUCAGUUGUUCCGUUGUUUUUGUGAACUUUUCAAUUCAGUGCAACAAUUCACUUAAGAAUGGUUUUACGAAAAUUACAUUCUUAUGUAAAUUGUCAUAUUGAAUUUAAUAAUUUGUUAAACCAUUAUUGUGUAAAUUUCACAUCAUUCGUAAAAUCAUUCUUAUCAAAACAUAAAUAGAUCAUAAAACCAUUCUUACGUGAGAUGUUGCAUUGCUUUUACGAACUAUUCAAUUCAAUGCAACAACUCAUAAGAAAGGUUAAUUGAACUAUUAAGUGUGCGACAAUUUACAUAAGAAUUGUUUUACGAACUAUUCAUUUCAUUCUUAUGUAAAUUGUUGAUUGUAUUAAAUAAUUUGUAAAAUCACUCUUUCAUAAAUUGCAUUCAAUUCAAUGGGACAUUUUACAUAAAAAUUAGUUUCGGUCCAUUUCACACAAAUUCAUUCUGCUGUUGUUUCAUUAAUGAUGCCCAUUGAGAGUGCCACAUUGAUCAUGGGUGUGCUGGAGCCAUUCGUUUUUGCCAUUACUUCACGAUGACUUGUUUUUGCACAAAUUGAGGCAUCCUCUAUGAUUUUUUAAAGCUGUCCUCAAAUGAAGAGAAUCUCAAAGAGUACUGUACUGACAAGACAUGGUUAAUUUUCUUGGUUAUAUUCCCUCCUGUGGUUCUAGCUGCAUUUUCGCCUGUACUAUAUACCACAGGUCUAAAUGACUUUUUCUGUCAAAAGCCUGAUACAUGUGAACAAGAGUCCUCUUUCGUUACUCUCCCUGCCAAUAUUCAUCAGUUGUGGCAAAAGGUGUUUCGUUACUAUAACAAGCUGUAGUGUUGUUUGCGGUCCACGUUUAUACUGUGUUACUACUGUGUGUUCUGUGCGAACGAAAGCAGGUCCACUGCACAGAGAAAACUCCAGAUGGCACAUUGCUUGCACUCUGCGUUCAGAUACCUGACUGAUUCCUGUACUCACUGAAUGUACUGUAGAACUGUUUUUAAAACUGAUAGGAUAAUCUAGUCACCUUUUGUUAUUGGUCUUUAAUUUGUCUAAGGUAUUUUUAAUUUUAAUUUUUUUGUAUACAAAAGUUUACAUUUUUAUGUAUAUUUUUCUUGUGUAAAAAAAUAUGUAAUAUGUGUAUAAACAUUGUAUGUAAUAUCUGUAUAUAGAGUGAAAAUUUUUGAUCUUGUUUUUGGAUGUAAGAAUUAAAAUUGUGUGAA